AUGUCCGACGCGCGUAAAUUGUUUGCGGAACAUCUGAAAGAGGAAAUGAGAAAAAAAAAUUUAUCAUAUAGGGGUUUGGCAGCAGCAUUAAAUAAGCCAGUAGAAUGGUUAGUUACUGUUGUUGCUGGAAAUCUUGCGAUGUCAGAAUUGGAAGCAAAAACAUUAUGUGAAAAAGUGGAGUUUACUCCACGGGAUAUUUUGAACAUUUCGGCUCUAACAAAACCCUCACCAGUGGCAUUUAUGAAAGCCCGAACUUCCGGUGAUCCAGUAAUUUAUCGUCUUUAUGAGGUAUUGGCUCUUUAUGGAGGCACGAUAAGGGAACUGCUCAAUGAGAAAGGUAGCUACAAAGUUGACGAGACAGGAUUUACUUUAUCAAAAUUUUUACGAAAUGAUGACCGGGUUAAUAUGGUUUGGUCUGCGACUCUUCAGCCAUAUGAGGGUAAGCAAGAAAGUAGUGGACAGUCAUUGGCACGACAUGGCGUUUUCGAGUUGGUGAAGAAAAAAAAGAUUGAAAAAAAGCUCUCUUGGGAAGACAUAGCAAAUGAGAUCGGUAUGAGUAAAGAAUGGACUGUUGCUGCAUUGUUGGAUCGUAUGACGCUACAGGAUGAGCAGGCCAGAAAACUUUGCACAUUGCUGGAUAUAGAUGAGGAGCAGUACCUAAAGUACCUUUCUGCUCCACCAAAUCGAAACUGCGCUGUUCAUGGGGAUGUUUGUGGAAGUACUAUGUUGAAGGAUUACUCGCAAAACGACUGCUAUCAUGAACAUAAUGUUAGUGAACUCAAAGAUCCGGUAAUAUCGGGUUUGUACAAGUCUGUUGAUAUGUAUGCAGCGGCGAUAAAGGAAAUGAUUUUGGAAGAUUUUGGCGAUGGAAUAAUGAGCGCUGUAAACUUCAAACUUCAUUUUGAGUUUGUAAACGAUCGUCAAGUUAAUGUCUACUGGUCUGGCAAGUUCUUGCCUUACGUGCCUUACUAA